GGACAGUCCGGUCCCGGCUCCAACACUCUGCUGUGUGACCUCGGGCCAGUCACUUGCCUGCUCUGGGUUUCUGCUUCUUACUGUGUGAAUGAAGAAAUCAUUUCCCAAGGUUCAGUCCGACAGCUGACUCGGGUUUCAAGGCCAAGAGGAAAUUGGAUCUGGAGGGGAUGGGACGGCAGGGACUCUCUGAGUUCCGGACACCCAAGGGGAAGUGCAGCAGAGGAGAAGGCCUCCCGAGCCCCAAGACCCCCAAGUCCCCAGGUGAGAAAACAAGGUAUGACACAUCGCUGGGGCUACUCACCAAGAAGUUCAUUUACCUGCUGAGCGAGUCGGAGGAUGGGGUCCUGGACCUGAACUGGGCGGCCGAGGUGCUGGAAGUCCAGAAGCGGCGCAUCUAUGACAUCACCAACGUGUUAGAGGGCAUUCAGCUCAUCCGCAAGAAGGCCAAGAACAACAUUCAGUGGGUAGGCAGGGGAAUGUUUGAAGACCCAGUUGGGCCCCGCAAGCAGCAGACCCUGGGCCAAGAACUGAAGGAGCUCAGCAACAUGGAGCGGGCCUUGGACCAGCUGAUUCAGAACUGCACCUUGGAUCUGAAGAACCUCACGGAGGACGAGACCAACCAGAGAUUGGCCUAUGUAACCUACCAGGACAUCCGGGCUAUAGGAAAUUUCAAGGACCAGACGGUGAUUGCCGUCAAGGCCCCUCCUGAGACUCGCCUGGAAGUCCCCGACCUGAGGGAGGACAACCUCCAGAUUUAUUUGAAGAGUACCAAUGGACCCAUCGAAGUGUACCUGUGCCCGGAGGAGAGUCGGGAGGCAGGCAGUCCCUCCCAGGAGGCUGCCCGCUCUGGCCCAGGCCCCUUCACGGGCCUGUCCAGCAGCCCUAGCAGCUCUUGUGGCCCGGAUCUCAUUGCACCCCCAGCUGUGGCUCUGAAGUCCCAGCCGUCCCAGGCCCUGCUGGAGGUGAAUGAAGGCCUCUUGGACCUGCCCCACCCGCUCCUGCAGCAGACCGAGGACCAGCUCCUGUCCUCGUCCCUGAGCGGCUCGCCUCUGGUCACCUUCUCCCCACCCCUGGAUGAGGAGGACUACCUGUGGGGCCUGGAUGGCGGGGAGGGGGUCAGCGACCUCUUUGAAUCCUAUGACCUGGGAGACCUGCUGAGGGACUAAGCCUCCUCAGCUCUCCACCUCUUCAUUAGCACUGGGCACUCAGAGCUGCCGUUAGCCUGGGGAGGUUGGAGGUUAGGGUCGGGGGAGUGUCCUUCCUCUUAGGCCCUCCCUAGCUCCCCAGUACCCUCUGGUUUUCCUUCCCUUCCUCAAGGAGUCAGACUCCAGUAGCAGCAAAGUUGGGGCGGCAGCUGUUUUGUGGGAUGGUGUUUAGGGGUUACAUGCGUGGGGUGGCAGGCUACAGGUUGCCUCCCCUCUGUAUCCUGCCCUGUUUGAGGCUGACGCAGAGUAAGGACUGUUCUUCUUCCUCCUGAUCACUUCCCAGGUAAGGCUUCUCUCCCUGCCCACAGGCCGGGACGAGGGGCUCCUUCCUGGUGGGAACCCACUCCUCAGAGGGCUUCGGACCCAAGUUAAUGGUGCUUUGGUGUGCCUCAGGGCUUCAGAGCCCACGAUGCACUUAGUCAUUAUUGUAUUUAUUUGGGAUUUUCAGGUUUGAAUUGCUUCAAUGUUUUGCCCAGAUUCCCUGGGGUUGGUUCAGCUGGGAAACUGUUUGUUUCCCUGGCUUUUUGUUUUCUUUUAGAAAAAGAUAUACUUUCCUCAAUGUGGCCAGUCCCCCACCUCCAUACCCCUGCCCCAACUCAGUCAAGACCUAGAGGCCUGUUUGAUCUUCUGGGUAGCUCUCAUACCUUCGUCCGCCCUAGCGGGCAGGGCUCUGUGUGUGUAUGUGUCUCCUUGUCUGUCCGUCUGUCUGUGGGAGGAGCUUGGCAGAACACUGGCCAGACCAGCUAUGCCAGUGACCGGCUACUUCCCCUCCCAUUCUAGGCAGACCAGGACCCUCUAAGCAACGGAAGGGAUCUUGGUUCCCUUGAUAGGUGGGGCCUGCCUUGUUUCCAGGGCCUGAUGGGAGCUGUCCAUGCCAUGGAAAAGUGUCAGCUCUGCAGCUCCAGCCAGACACAGGCACUCAGCCCGGGAGACCUGCCGUCUCUAUCUUACCACCGAUCGUCCAGGCCUCUGACAUAUGUGGCCUGUGGCGUGAUUGAUGGGAAGGUGACUGGUACUCCCAAAAGGCACUUGGGAGUGGUAGGAGAUGUGCAUGGGACGCACGCCUAGUCUGAAGGUCCCAGUUUGCUGGGAUACUUAUGAGCCAUCUCUUACCCUCCCCUCAUAUCCCCCCCCCCCAGCCUCCUUUCCCCAUUUUUGAUCUGAUCCUUUCUGACAUAAUAGCACUACCUGUAGAGGGAAGGAGGAGGUGGCACUACCCAGUAGGAGGCCCCAGUUAAUUCCACUUCCCCUCCACCCCCCUUAUCAGCCACCUUUAUGAGAAACUGCUGACAUCCCUCAGCUAGUUCCACUGGCCAAAUGUUGAGGCCCCGUCAUCCCAUCAGGGUGGGAAGACUAAUACUGACAUUCAGUGCCCUUUGGUGACUGCCCAUGACCCAGGUCCCAGGGGCUCUGAGACAACUCUCCCUUCCUUCCCAUCACCCUCCACAGGGGAUCGGGGGCCACCAGCAGCUUUGGUCUGCCAGCAAAGAUGUGGGUUUUUUGGAGGUGGGGGUGGACCCAAGCGCUCUUGGCACUGGCCUGGGAAGCACUUUUUAUUUUAUUUUUUUUAAGUUGAAAUUUGUGGCAUUAAAUUGGUUUGCAAUGUGAAGUUAA